AUGGCUACACUGAAGGAGGCCAUGGCUGCUCGAGAGGCAGAGUGGCAAGCAAAGAAAGAAGCAGAAGCCGACAAGCAUGCCGAGGAGCCCGAUUCAUGGACUCGCAAACCAGUUAAGACCCAGCAGAGACUCUCUACACCUAUCGCAACUACGACACGACGCCGACGCAUCGAACAUGCCCUUGACCAAAUCAAAAGCGGAGGCUUCCAUCUUGCAGACUUGCAGAAGGUCUUGGAGAACAUCGAUGGUGACUAUGCCGCGGACGGGUACAGCGACGAUGCUUCUUCGCAGGACGACGCCAGCGAUGCGAGUGGCAGUGCAGCAGACUACCUCCUCACCGAAGGCUACAGCAAGAAGAAUAAAUUCAUAGUGUGUGAUCACUGCCGCUCGCACGGCUUGCCCUGCGACGAAGACGCCGUGUGCUACCAGUGCAUCUACCACGUCGUCGCUUGCGUCCAUCACUGGUGCAAACUCUCCCGAUACAGCAAGGAAGACUGUCCUCGCGGAGAUUGCCAUUACGUGCAUAAGGACUACAUGCCCACGAGCGACUGUUUCGAGGAUAUCGCGUGGCUGGUCCUUCCGGGGAGUCUUAAGGGGUAUAUGUCUGCUGGUCGCAAGGGGAAGAAGUAUCGUUAUGAUAACUACGACAGUGAGACUGCGGAGAGCGAGGAGGGUUGGAACUCUCAAGCUGUCAAGGAGAUUCAGCAGGCUGCUUUGGAUGAGAUGUCGGCUGUUGUGGCGAGGGGCGAGGCGAGCUGGGAGAGUGUUGUGAUGACGUGUGAGUGUGCGACUAUGGAGGCCGAGGAGGGGGAGAAGAGGUUAGGGGAGAAGAUUGCGAGGAAUAGGAGGGAGGAUGUUGAUAUGUUUAGCUGGUUGGGUUGA